AUGAUACAAUUUUUAAAAAAUUUGCAGUUAAAUAAAAAAAAAGAUAGCGGUGACCGAGCAAUAGCUAAAAGGAAAAAUAAAAUGAAAUAUGAAGACUUCAACUUUAUUCGAACGCUUGGAACAGGUUCUUUUGGAAGAGUAAUACUUGCAACAUACAAAAAUGAGGAUUUCCCCCCUGUUGCCAUUAAAAGAUUUGAGAAAAGCAAAAUUAUAAGGCAGAAACAAGUUGAUCAUGUGUUUUCCGAAAGGAAGAUAUUAAAUUAUAUAAAUCAUCCCUUCUGUGUAAAUCUAUAUGGAUCUUUUAAGGAUGAGUCUUAUUUAUAUCUUGUUCUAGAGUUUGUAAUAGGUGGAGAAUUUUUCACAUUCCUAAGAAGAAAUAAAAGAUUUCCUAAUGAUGUUGGAUGUUUUUAUGCAGCUCAAAUUGUUUUAAUAUUUGAGUAUUUGCAAAGUUUAAACAUUGUUUAUAGAGAUCUGAAGCCAGAGAAUUUACUACUUGAUAAGGACGGCUUUAUAAAAAUGACUGAUUUUGGAUUUGCUAAGGUCGUUGACACAAGAACAUAUACUUUGUGUGGUACACCUGAGUAUAUAGCUCCAGAAAUUUUGUUAAACAUAGGACACGGGAAAGCAGCUGACUGGUGGACGUUGGGAAUAUUUAUAUACGAGAUUUUAGUUGGAUGCCCCCCUUUUUACGCAAACGAACCUUUAUUAAUUUAUCAGAAAAUUUUAGAGGGCAUAAUUUAUUUCCCCAAAUUUUUAGAUAAUAGCUGCAAACAUUUAAUGAAGAAAUUAUUAUCACAUGAUUUAACAAAAAGAUAUGGAAAUUUAAAAAAAGGGGCUCAAAAUGUGAAAGAACAUCCAUGGUUUUGUAAUAUCGAUUGGCCUAAUUUAUUAAAUAAAAAAGUUGAAGUUCCAUAUAAACCCAAAUAUAAAAAUGUCUUUGAUUCAUCGAAUUUCGAAAGAGUACAAGAAGACCUAACAGUCGCUGAUAAAAUUACAAAUGAAAAUGAUCCAUUCUUUGAUUGGUGA